AUGUUGCUACUUGUACUGGUGACAAGUUACCCUAGCUUCUCGUCUCCAUACUUUCCUGUAAACUCUCCAAGGUGAACUCUGUGCGUUAAAACCGGGAAGGCUGGGCAGCUGCAUGUCUCCAACAUUUCCCCAGGUGGCGGCUGCCUGAAGACCGGAAUCUCCCCGUUUGAGCACUCUGAGGAUUUACCAGUCCUUCACAGGGGCCAGCUGGGCUUAUUCUGAAGCAUGCAGGACAACAGCAUUGACCAGCCUCCGUCACUGUCUCAGCUCCUAAGAGAGAGCUACCUGGCAGAGGCCAGAGCCCAGCAGCGCCACAGCGAGAUGAGCCGCUCUGACGCUUCCUCCUCGCGCCUCCAGAUCUACGGAUCCCUCAAAGGCAAGCCUGAGGACUCUGUGGGCCACAAUGAUCCCCAAUUCCCAGACCUCUCCGCCUUCCUCAGCCAAGAGGAGCUGGAUAAGAGUGUGAACCUUGCCCGCCAGGCCAUCGGACACGAGCCUCGUGAGGAGAGGGCAGAGCUCAAGGCCUCUGUCGCACCAUUAACCCCCUCCAACAUCUCCUCAGCCUCUUCCUCUGAACCCCCAUCUGUUCCCUUCACCAACGCCUCUCCUGCUCCUUUCACUGCCCCGUCCACUGUGCCCUUCAGCCAGCCAGCCCCUGAACUCAAAGAACUGCCAGCAUCACACACAACAUUCACACCAGACAGAAAGAUGCAUAAAGCGUCCGCACGGCAGGAAAACACAACCAGGAGCACAAGGGACUACGGCGAGGGAUUCAACGACCUCGACCGGUCAGCGAGGAACGCCCCGUAUGGCAUGGAGAACCAGUCUAAGAAGGAGUUCCUGAACAAGGCGGCGGACUUCAUCGAGGAGCUCUCCUCUCUCUUCAAGGCCAACAGCUCCAAACGGGUACGACAGAGAGGGUGCAAACCCCACAGGAGUAGGAACCCCAACAAGAGCCAGAACGAUGGGGCGGUGAACCCCCUCGGCCCAGACAACAGGGAGCGCUCUGCCAUGCCUGUGGAGGUGGAGAUGGAGAGACCCGGCCCCACUGUUAGCCACCAACCAGAGGCCCAGUUGGACUCUGGGAUUGGGCACGUGGAGUUUCAGGACAGCAGGAUUACCGAGGAGCAGCAGUACGACUCUGUUUCCCAGGAGGCAGUAGAGGAGGCUGAAAGCUGUGCCCUGACGGAAGGUCCAUGCACAGCGGAGCCUGCCUGUGAGCCUGCCUGUGAGCCUGCCUGUGAGCCUGCCUUUGAGCCUGCCUGUGAGCCUCCUUGUUUCAUCCAGAAACUGAAAAGCAGGGAGCUUCCAGAGGGGAGCAAGGUCCAACUGGACUGCAUUGUAAGAGGACUCCCUGUGCCUGAAGUCAGGUGGUUUUGUGAGGGCAAGGAGCUGGAGAACUGCCCUGACAUUCAGAUCACCACGAGCGGCGAGCAUCACUCUCUGGUCAUCGCGGAGGCCUUCGAGGAAGACACGGGACGCUACUCUUGCUUUGCAUCUAAUUUCUAUGGCACUGACUCCACGUCAGCUGAGAUCUAUGUCGAAGGUACCUCCUCUUCGGAAUCUGAGGGGGAACAUCCCUUUGAACAUGUAGCACAGCUCCAGAAGAAUUCUUCCCCUCCAUCAUCGAGCCAAACUCUCUCUGCAGAAGAGGAAGACUCUCCGUCAUGCCAACCUGCAGCAGCCACCGAGGAGCCAGCAGAGCAGCUUUCCUCUCCACAAAAUAACCAAAUAAUCCCAGAACCUCUGCUACCAGUCCGAACAUCAGCCACUUUACCGCCAGCCCCGGAGCCCUCUACAGCAUCCGCAUUGUACCCUGCUCAGGAGGAGGCAACGGUGUCCCCUGUGCAGCUGUUUCCUACUUUGUCACAAGGCGAUACAGAACUUUACGAAGCCCAGGACGUGUCUACGUCUCUCACAUCCACACCUGCGCCAGAGCAGACGGUUGCAGCUGUAGCUCCAUCACUGCCUUUGGACUCAGUGGUCUCCUCUGUCCUGUCUGCACCAACACACACACCCCAACCUGAGAGUCAAACCUCCAACCACAACUAUCCACAAGGGUUGAACGGCCAGUCUAUGAUGGCUGCCCCUGUAUUCGCAAAGAGCCUGCAGGACCUCUUUGCGUCAGAAGGCCAGCUGGUGGUGCUAGAGUGCCGCGUGAAGGGGCUGCCGUCACCCCGGGUGGACUGGUACAGAGAGGGAACAUUCAUAGAGGACUGUCCUGAGUUCAGGAUCCUGCAGAAAAAGCUGAGAUCUCCCGCUGAAUCAGAGGAAAUAUGCACUCUGGUCAUUGCUGAGGUCUUUCCUGAAGAUUCGGGGAUGUUUACUUGUACAGCAAGCAACACUUAUGGAACCGUGUCCAGCGCUGCUGCGCUAAGGGUCAAAGGGAAUGGCGAAAGCAGCAGCAACAACCACGUGAGGCCUUCCAGCAGUUUGACGAUGGAGCCCAAUCGAAGUCAAGAACUUUCAUCCGCCCCCGCUGUAAACCCUCAACCAGAGGUUACUGUGACCAACAGCAUCAAGCCCCACUCCAGCACCAUUCGCCUGGACCCGCUUGUCUCCAGCAGCUUACGCCUGGACCCCUUGAACACCAGCACCCUCCGUCUGGACCCCCACGGCUCCAGCAUGUUGCGUCCGGACCCUUUCCGCACCAGCCUACCCAGCCUGGAACCCUCCAGCCUGAGCAGCAGCCUCAACCCUCGCAGCACCAGCACCCCAAACUUAGGUCCUGUCUACCUCCACCAGAACCCUCCUGGAUCCAGCGGAGCACAACCAGAACCACAGAGCGUCACACUGUUGCUCUCCUACCCAAAACCCUUCACUUCUCCAUUUGCAGUUGAGACUUUCGCAGAGCAGGAAGCGCCCACGCCUACAGUGACCUCGCCUGACACGAGCACCAAAGUUAAGGGGACUCCAAAUCAUCAGAAUGGGAGCCUCAUCGUGGUGCCCCUCCCUGACCCCCCUCCCAACUCCUGCCUAAAGACAGGUGCCCAGACGAACCACAAACACUCGCGCUCCGGCUCCAGAGUCGGCCUGCGCGUGCACUUCAGACUGCCCGAGGAUGAAGAGGAUGAGCAAAGUGACGCAUCCAGUCAGUUUGAUGAAGACGGCAACUUGUUGGCCAACAAAGGACCCCCACCAGUGCUGACUAAACCCAAACUGGACCCAUCCCAGCUGCAAGUUCUGCACAACCAGGUCCUCAUGGAGCAGCAGCAGGAGACCAAACCUCAGACUCAGUCCCACGCCCAGCCUCAGAUCCAGAUCCAGCCCGUGGUCCAAAGCUCUGAUGAUGGUCCGCUGUGGUCGCCCAGAAUGCUCCUUGAACCCCAUCAGCCACCUUUCCAGCCCUCCCUGAACACUACGCCCCCGCAGCAGACGCCCCGCUCUGCACCUCCACUGACCCCUGCUCCCUCUCUGAGCUCUGCUCCAGCAUUCAACACCACCUUUUCACCUCUCAACACUUCUCCUCUGAGCUCCCCUCCUUCAAUCCCUCAGCUAAAGACCUUCUCCCUGGUGACCUCCCCUCCACCUGCCCCACAGCUGAAAACAGCUCCUCCCCUCAGGAUAGCGCCUGUAAGCCAGAUGAACACCAUCCAUGCCUCCCACCUCAACCUGUCCCCUGCAGCUCUCGCCCGAACUGCACCUGCAACCCAGUUUUUCUCUCCUCAUGCACCGAAGCUCAGUGCAGCCCUUACAGAUCUAACCUCAGUCACAUCUCCUGCUCCUCUACUGAGAAGCACCCACGCCUCCCUCAUGAACCUCACCGCCACCUCCCACACCUUCAACUACGCCCGGCCGAAAGAGUUCAUAGCUGCUCAGAACUUCUCGCCAGUCAGGAGUCUUUCCCCGACAGAAUCGCCGGUCCCUCUGCUUCAGGAGCUGGCCGCUGAGCUCAACUCCUCCGCAGCCAGCUCCCCUACUCUCCCGCCAUUCUCCCCGCCACCCAGGAUCUUCUCCACGAGGGUGCUCAAGUCUCCCACCAGCCCUCUGUCCCUCGUGUCCUCACCCACACCGGUGUCGCCGCCUUACCUGAACAGCCUGUUCGCCAUGGGAGCCCAGUCGCCUCCCCACGCCUCCUCUCCCACCUCCAGCAGCUCCACCCCCAGCCCCAUUCAAAACCCUGUGGCAUUCCUGAGCUCCGUCCUGCCGUCCCUGACCCCUAGCCAGCCUACCAACUCAAUGGGCCUCCCCAGGGGAGCUCCUUUAGGGCUCAAAAAGAACGUACCAAAGGCGCGCAUCCCGUCAUAUGAAGACAUUCGCGAAAGCAAAGAGACUCUCCUCCGUGACAUUGAGAAAAAGCUUCGAUUAAAAGACGAUACUCAACAUUUUGUACAUCAACAGAAGCUGAGUAAUGAGGGGAAAACAGCGAGCAGACCCUUUGGACCAAACAUUCCUGCUACUGUCAUUAACUAUGAUGAGGAGUACAAAAUGUCCAAUUUUGAGCAGAGACUAAUGAGCGAGAUCGAAUUCCGUUUGGAGCGGACGCCGGUGGAAGAGUCGGACGAUGAGGUGCACCACGAUGACGUCCCCACAGGAAGAUGCAUCGCGCCCAUAUUUGACAAGAAACUGAAGAACUACAGGGCCAUGGAAGGCGUGCCUGUCACUUUCUCCUGUAAAGUAGUGGGAAUCCCCUUUCCAAAGGUUUACUGGUUCAAGGAUGGCAAGCAGGUCUUGAGGAAGAACAUUCAUUACAAGAAGAUAAGAGAGGGGGAUGGGACCUGUGCUCUACAUAUGGAGUCCACGACCAACGACGACGAUGGCAACUACACCAUCAUGGCAGCCAAUCCUCAGGGACGAAUCAGUUGCUCGGGUCAUUUGAUGGUCCAAACGGGACCGCCCCGAAACCGACUGACACCUAUUCACUCUCAGAGGGUGCGAGCCCGCAUACAGGAAGUUGAAGCUGAGCAAACCCAAGAGCGCUUUUUUCAGCCUCACUUCCUCCAGGCUCCGGGGGACAUGCUGGCUCACGAGGGAAGACUGUGUAGACUAGACUGUAAGGUGAGCGGCCUCCCCAACCCAGAGCUCAUGUGGUUGGUCAACGGGAGGCCAAUCUAUCCGGACCUUUUGCACAAAAUGUUGGUGCGGGAGAAUGGCAUCCAUUCUCUGGUCAUUGAUCCUCUGAUGCAGAAUGACGGCGGCACGUACACGUGCAUUGCAAGCAACAAAGCAGGGCAGAGCUCCUUCAGUCUCGAGCUGAAGGUCGUAGAGAAAGAGAUGAAGCACCCUCCCCAGUUCGUGGAGAAGCUUCAGAACAUGGGUAUCCCUGACGGGACUCCGGUCAGGCUGGAGUGUCGGGUGGUGGGUAUGCCCCCUCCAGUCAUCUUCUGGAAGAAAGACAAUGACACCAUUCCUAAAAAUAAGGACAGGCUCAGCAUGACUCAGGAUGCAACAGGAUAUGUGUGUCUCCUCAUCCAUCCAACAACGAAAGAGGAUGCCGGCUGGUACACAGUGUCAGCCAAAAACGAGGCUGGAAUUGUAUCAAGCACCUGCAGGCUUGAUAUCUAUGCACAGUGGCAUCAGAGCAUCCCUGCACCCAUGAAAAAGGCUCCGCGCACAGGCAGCCGCUACGCAGCUCUGACAGGCCAGGGGCUCGACAUCAAGUCAGCUUUCCCCACAUCGGACACCAACCCCAUCCUGUACUCCAGCUGCCCUCCUGAGGCCGUGCUGGAGAGUGAGGAGCUGUGACACUGCAGCACGGUGACCCUCAGAGCACUCGCUGAGGCCUCCCUGAGGUCAUGACAGUAGAGAGGGUUGAAACGAUGAUCCGAGCAGAUUGUCUUGUGAUUUGUGUGAUGCAUCGGAAGUGAUACACUCGGAGUAGAAUGGCAAAGAAAGAUUGUGUUAAAGAUAUCUGAUAGUGGGUUUGUCACCAUUCCUAUUUACUCAAGUCAUAUGAAGAGUGUUUCACGUACAGAAAGAAACAGAUUAGCAAAGUCUUAGCCCGUGAGCCGUCAGUGGACGUUUGUUUUCUACAUCAUAUUUAGCUACGGCAGCGAGGGUGUUGGUGUUAACAUCUGUUCUUAAUUGUUAGUUCUUUUCUCAAAGUGGAACAAUCCCCGCUUAUUCUUAUUGCAAAUCAUAUACAUGUACUUGUAGUAAAGGUUUAUAUAAAAUGUAGUUUUGAGUAUAUUAAUAGACAUUUGAAUGAUUGCUCCAGCGAGGUGGGAUUAUUUCUACAUUUACCUAAAUAAUCUCUUGAUGUUCAUCACUGGUUCACAUUUUUGCACCGUAUUUUUUCAUGUGCAUGCCCAUGGCUAAUUAAGUCGCAAUAUUGCAUACAAACACACUGUGUCUGCUCACGGUCAUAUUAAUAAUGUUAGGUGACUCAUUCAUGGUUAGUAGUUGAUUUCAUGUGAUUUAAUUCAAUCUUUUAUUGACGGAUUUAUCUCGAUUUGUAUCUACAGAGUGUAUUACAGAGGGAUGAGUCAGAUGAGAAUGAAAGCUUUGUUUUUGUUGUCUUUGCUUCAACACCAACAAGUCAAAUCCUACAGAGGUUAUUAAGACAAAUUCAAAUCAGUUUGAAAACAUAUUAAAGAAAAGUCUGAAAGCAUAUAUAUACUCAACUGAUGUAAAGUUGCACAUUGUAAAAUAGUUUUGUCCUUCUCAGAAUAAAGUUAUAUUUAUUCAAA